UCUAUCAGUGUGUAUAUGCGCGAUUUGCCCCGAGUCCGCGCCUCGACUUGAUGACAUGGCGUCCUAGCGCUGCACGGGCCAAGUCGCACGUCCUCGGUGGAGAGGCUCUCACCCCGUCGUCGAAUCAGCUGCAUCCCAAGAUGCCAAGAUCACGAGAAGGAAGGACAUGAUAAACUGUGGCCGAUGAAGAAGAGAGCACGAACGCGAGCACGAGUACGAGCAGGAGUACGAACAAGAGCAAGCGGCUUCGUCGAGGAAAGCGAGAAGAAACGACGACGAGGCGGCAGCAGCAAUACCAAUAAAAAGAUCAACACUAGAUCUGAUGUUAGCGGACAUUAACGGUAACUUGGCGGAUCUGAGAAGUGAAGCGAUGGCAUCGCAGAGAUUUUGUCUGCGCUGGAAUAAUCAUCAAAGUAAUCUACUCUCCGUUUUCGACCAACUACUCCAUGACGAGUCGUUUGUCGACGUUACGCUGGCCGUCGAGGGUCAGCUACUCAGGGCACAUAAGAUGGUGCUGUCGGCGUGUAGCCCCUACUUUCAGGCCCUUUUCGUCGGGCACCCCGACAGGCACCCAAUAGUCAUUCUCAAGGAUGUCCCCUACGUGGACAUGCGCAGUCUUUUGGACUUCAUGUACCGCGGGGAGGUCAGCGUCGAUCAGGACAGACUAACUGCCUUCCUGAGAGUCGCUGAAUCCCUCAGGAUAAAGGGCCUGACCGAGGUAAACGAGGACAAGUGCGACUUGCCUAGUAUUACCUCUUCGUUGCUUGGCAAUCAAAACACAGUACCUCCACCGCCGCCGAACCUGCAUAGAAUAAACCAAAUCGGGCCUCACCAUCACGUUUCGCAGAAGAGGAUGCACCAUAUGUCGAGCCAUCCUCUACUUGGUUCGGCAUUAUCCGCGCCAAAGAGGAAAAGAGGCAGACCUAGGAAACUGAGCGGCUCGUCCGACACGCCGAUCGGCGAGAUCUCCGGCCAGGAACUUCAGUCCUGUUCCGGGGCGGAUCUUGUCCAGGGCUCGCCCGAGAUGAUGGAAAUGAAGAUGAGUAUCGACUUUCAAAGUGAGAGUAAUACCGGUAACUCCGGUAGAAGCGGGAGCACCGGUAACGCGAAUAGUAACAACGUGAGCAGCAAUAACGUCGGGAACUCGGCAUCGACGGGGACCGCCCUGUCGUCGUCGAGAAAGGACGAACCAACGGAGAAUGGUACUGACACGCCUGAGUCGCUGACACCUCGCGUCAAACGGGAACCCGAACCGACGCCUAGUACCUCUGCCCAAGCCUCUGACGAGACGUUCGCACGACCACACAGUAGACAAGGGAGCGAGGGUUUCAAACAAGACUUGGAGGAGACGUCGAGUGGCGGUGGCUCGCAGUCACCGACUCACAUUCGCAUCAACUUCGAGCGAUGCUUUCGCAAAGAAUACAGCGCGUCGUCUCUACAGGGGAAAACGUCAACGGCGGGUACAACCGGGUCAAUGGAGGACUCGCAGCAAUACUCCGAUUCCGAAUCGGAGCAGAAAGUGUCGAAAGACAAUUUGAGCAGUGCCAUAUUCAAUCUGGUCGCGGUCGGUGAGUCGGAGAUCAGUCAGAGCGACUUCGAGGGAUCGUUUAAAGUCGAGAAUGAAAGAACGGAGGGUUCGGUACGGGACUUCUGCGUGAAAGAGGGCGACGUGUACCGAUGCACCGUGUGCCAUCGUACCUACACACACAUCAGCAAUUUCUGCCGGCACUACGUCACCUCACACAAGCCUAAUGUCAAGUACUAUGCUUGCCCGGUUUGUUUCAAGGAGUUCACGCGGAAAGAUAAUAUGGUUGCCCACGUUAAGAUCAUACAUAGCCUUAAGCCGCAUAUGAGCCUUAGCAGCAGUGGCAGCAGUAGCAUGGGCCAGCAGCGGUAGACCGCUGCCGGUGUAUCAUCUUUUUUCAGGCUACGCUCCCUGGCCCUUUCCCUUCGUUCUGUCUAUUGAGAAUUGAAACUAAUAAUUCCAAUCAGUUAUAAGAAGAUACACGAAUAAAUGGGGCGGUCGAGAACCUCGAUUACGAUAGCAUUGUUUUCGGCAGUCACGUUCGACAAAAGUGAUAAAAAAGAGAAUCAAUUCUUGAAUUGAGAUCCUCAAUUAUCUCAUUGAUACAAGUAUCUCAUGAAUUAACAGCUCUGUUGACGAUGAAAUUACGAAUCGCUGUUACCAUCGUCGUGCAGUCAUCGAUUACUAAGUAGUCGACAAAAAUACUUGAUUGACUGUUGUCGUCGCAGGUAAGAGUCGGGGAACGUUGCACAAGAAAGGGAUAACGACACAGAAAAAAUAAAAAUAUUGUGUGAGAAGCUCAGAAGAGAUGCGAGCAUAUGCGUCACAGUGGCUUUCCGAAUAAAUCUGUGCGGCUGUAAAAAGGAAAUAAUGUUUCGAACGAACAAAGAGAGAACAAGUAGUAAAUAGAUUGUCACACUGACGAUAAAGUUAUAAUUUAAGCUAGCGGAAACGAAUUAAGAAAGGACCAUUACGGACGUAGUCAAUCAAAUGUACAAGUUUUAAAUACUUUAUCAUCCUUGAUACCGUAGGUAGUUGUUAGGCGAAAUCUUUUUACAAUUUAAUAAACAACAGACGAUUAACGAGAAGCUGAAUCUAAAGAUAUUUUCAUGGACGCGGGGAAAAUUCAAUGGCGGACCAUGCGUUUGCUGCAGCUCAAAUAGAUUUCCCCGUUUUCAUGGAUCAACAUUCAACAGUAACAAGAAAAAACGGAAAUUUUAAUAUACGUAUGAUAAUAAUCGUAGCAGCUAGUAAAAUCAAAUACAAAUAGAACACAGUACCUCUGAUCAUUCGAGCUAUGAAUUUCUUUUAAAAUUGAAUCAAUUAACUCGUAAUUAUUAUAUCGGAUAGCUACUAGUUUUCUCUUGUUUCGUUCGAAAGUGUGAACUUUCGAACGAAAUGGAGGUGGUGUGUACAUGUACAUCCCCGACCGUUUCGCAAACCGAAAGUUUCCUUUCUCGACAAAAAGAAAAUUAUUUGAAUUUAUACGCGUGAAACGCGUAAUGGGCAUUAAGUUACAAAACAAAACGAGCUUUACCGCGUCCUUUCUCUUCAAGGGAAGUCGUGAAUAUUAAACAAACGGAAGAAGAAAAAAGAAAGCGAACGUAAGAGAAAGAUACGCGCAUACAAAGAGUUUAUACAUAUACGUUUGAACCGGUGUUACUCGUUUAGUCGUCUCAACGUAGUUCUACGACGACGGGGAUCAGUUAAAAUGAACAAAAAUAAUAAAAAUGAAACAAGAAAGCAAAGUAAUAAUUGCAAAAGAAACGUGAGUCCAAAUCAACAAAGAGUAUAUUUACUAUUAUGUGACUGUUAUAUUACGGAGAGAAUCAAACGGUGUCGCAUGUAGCAUCGAAAAUAUACAUAAAUAAGUACGUUUAUCGAAGUUUAAACGUCGGAUACAUGCACACACGAUAUAAAUAAGGGAACCACAGUAGACUGAGUAAAUGCAAUAUAUAUGUACGAUGACCGUUCGCCAUGUUGUUGAGCCGUUGAAGCUGUUGUCAAGCUGCCGAGCCUGAUUCGGAGUUAUAUAGUAGCGUAAUAGGGAGCCAAGGUGGAGAGAAAAGGAGUCCACGGUUAGGGCAAGAGGGAAGAACGGAAGAUAGUUAAAUGGGGAUAUUAACGGAACGGGGCAUGCAAUUCUUGAAAGACUGCAGAGGGACGGUUUUAACGACACCAAAUACAAGAUAGUACUGACAUUGGAUAGACUGAAGGCACUUUAGUAGUAACUUAACGCCAUAUCGUACUGUACCGUACUCGAUUGAACAAGAAAGAAAAAGAAAAAGCAUUUGUGCUUAGAGAGCCCAGUACAACUGGUGACAGUUUUACUGCUAUAUAUUCUAUAUAAUCAGUAUACUAUAUAAUAUAUAUUAUUUUUUAGAACGGAAAAAGAAUUUUAAUCGUUACCCACGCAAAUAGUAAAUAUCCGUUCAUUUAUUUCCUGUUCGACUUGAAGAGGAAUCGUGGGACUAAUAAGAUUAUAUAAUUAUAUAUUAACGAUUUUCGAAUCUGUUAUUCGUAAAUUCGUGAUCGCGACUAAAGCUGAUCGUUAAAUCAUAGAUUCCCUUAUUUGUAAAUGUUAAAUUCUAAAUAACGUGAGACAAGGAUGUGCGUGUCCAGGGUCAUAGAAAUUUUAUCGUUGUUAAAAAUAUAUCCUUGUCUUGCUUGUUACGAGUUUUAUAGAACCUAUGAUAUACAUAUUCUUUUUAUGUAUUUUAUUCAAAGUUCUUUGAAAAAUUUCUCUUUCAGUCUACAAGAUUAUAGUCUGCACGUACGUAAAACAUAAUUAAUAAUGUACUCGAGCGGUUCGAUUGCUGUUCAAAAGGGAUACGGCUACAGUGAUGGUAUAUAGGCUUAGUCGCGAAAGACAGCACUAAAAAUAUGAUCGUAGCUUACUAUAUUUUGCACUUUACACUUUGUCGAAUCCUCUCUAGUCGGACUUUCGUUCAUAGAUCGAUUGUUUAGGAUUAUAUGAACGAGCACGUGUGAAUCGGAGAGGACGCGAAAACGAUUUAUAUACAAAUUUUUUCACUAGUUGGGCAUAGACAUUAGACGACUAGAGGCUAUAUAAUAAUAAUUAUAAAUAUUAUCACUGCUACUAUUAAUUAAUUGUAAACAUAACGGAGACCUUCGUUGUUAUUUUAAUUAAAUGGGAUUUCGAGACGAAGAGAGAAAAGAUAGGGAGGAGAUGGGGCAGGGAAACAAAGAGAAGGCACGAAGCGUGAUUUGUUUAUUACGCGAUCUCGUGUUCGAUCGCCCACGAUUGACCAGUGUUGUUCGUUCGUUAUUUCAAGAGAUAUCUAGCGUGUUGCAAAGAUAAAAAAUAAAAGUUUUAGUCAUAAGAAUUACGGAGACAGAAACCGAAAGACGCGAUCGGUCGUCUCCGGACACGAUUACGCGUACUUUUAGGACGAUAGAGGGAUACAAUAUUAGUUAGGCAGGCAGCAAUGU